AUGAUUGAAAGAGUUAGAUUAGAUAAGUUAUUAUCAAACUUGGGUCUAUGUACACGUAGUAAAGUACAACAAUUCAUCAAUGCAAAUAAAGUAACCUAUCAAGGUCAAAAGGUGUCUCCAAAGGCAAAGGUCGAUGUAGAGGAUAUUAGAGUAAUGGGAAGAAAGGUUGAUCAUCCUGAAUUGUUGACGAUAGCAGUACAUAAACCAAUUGGUUACGUUUGUUCAAAUUCAAGAGAGGAUGGUGAUCACAAGAUUAUAUAUGAUUUAUUACCAAAAGAAUUUGCAGAUAGAUCACCUACACUGUCAAUAGCAGGUAGACUUGAUAAAUGGGUUACUGGAUUGGUUGUGAUGAGUCAGAAUGGAAAGAUUGUGGAACGUAUCAUUACUCCUAAAGACGAUAAGAUGGGCAAGGUGUACGAGGUGGUUUGUGAGAGCAAGUUUAAUGGCACCGAGGCGGACGAGAUGGCAUCGGGUAGAGUACAGUUGAGAAGUGAGGAUGGACCAUGCAAACCUGCUCAUUUUGAAGUGGUCGAUCAAGAAAAUAAGAUGGCACGUCUGACACUCUACGAAGGCAAGUACCAUCAAGUACGUCGUAUGAUGUCGGCCGUUGGCAACAAGGCUAUAGGUAUUCACCGCACACAAGUCGGUCCGAUUCAAUUGGGUGACUUGGAGGUUGGAAAAUGGCGUAUCCUAUCAAAAGAGGAGAUGGAGUUGUUGGAGGCAAUCCAAGUGUCCAAACCAGCCAUCACUAAAAAUUUGUACAGAAGAAAGGCAAAAGAAGAUGCACGCGAUGAAGCAGAGUUGGAUGACAAGAUGACUAUGAAACCAGGUCAAAAGGAAAUGGAAAUAUUCGAAGAGUAUGAAGAGACUGUAGACUUGGACUUGAAACAAGUCGAACAAGAUGAAGAGUAUCAAAGAAAAUUACAAGAUCUAAUUGAUGAAGAUCAUCAAUUUGGUAGUGGUAGAAUUAAAUCAUCGUCAUCAACGACGACGGCCACAACCAAACCCUCAACAUUAUAUCAAUAUAAAACAAUGACUGAAAUGGAGAAUGAUUAUGAUGAUGAUUUUGAAAAUGAAGAUAAUGAUGAUAAUAAUAGAGAAAUACCAGAAAGACAAAUGACAACACGUAAACAACAACAACAACAAGAAGCAGAAUUGAUAGAAGGAGAUAUUCAAGAUGACAUGAUUGUAGAUGAAAAGAGACAUUUGACACGUAGACAAGUAAAACAAAAGAUUAGAGACCAGAUUAUGACUGCUCAAAGGGGAUCCAAGUUUGAUGAGAUUGGUCGUCUUGGAUCAGUCGAUUUAAAUUCAGAUUAUGACACUAAUACAGCUGUAGAAGAGUUGGUACAAGCCAUCACAACACCACAAGAUGAUCUACGUGUUGCUGCAGGUCUCUCAAAAACUGGAACUGAUAGAUUAAAGAAAUUAUAUGGUGGUGUAUUUAAUAAUGAGCCAACUGAACAACAACAACAACAAUCAUCACAAGAUCAAGAAGAUAUGAUGCAAGAUCCAUCAGAACCAAAAACAAGAAAACAAUUAAUCAAAAAUCUAAAAUCAAUUUCAUCAAAUAGUUAUAACAAAUUUAAUCGAAAUAGAAAAUAA